UUUCUCCGACCCAAAGAUCGUUGACUCCGCUACAAACGUUGCAACCUCCCACACUGCUUUCCUAUACGAGUCGGUGGUCUAAAUCUCUUUAUAAUUUCUGGUUCAUUGCACUUAUCGUUAUAAGACUAACUAUGCAAGUCUUUUUAGGUCUUUUAUCGUGUUCUUGUGUCGUCCUUGUCAAUCAGCGCUGUAACGCUUUAUAGCCAUCCCAAAAGGAGUUGCGCUCUCAAAAUAUCCUAAUGUUCCUUCUCUUUCCUUUGACUCCCCUCUCUUCUUCCACUGUUACCGGUAAGCAGUAUUACUCAAUUUUUUUCGUUCUAAUGACGUCCAGUUUUUCAAUAGUAGCAAGGACAUUACUUCUCAGGACAACAAGUGCGGGUAAUACUUAUUGUCCCGACCUCGGUGAAUCAAAAAUUAUCCUCUUCGGUGCUUCACGAAUCCAUACUCCCAUCACUUCUUCGAACCUUGACCGGCGCCGCACGAUAACAACAACGCGUAAGUUGACUUCCUAUGGAUGAUGUUCUGUCGGUCUUUAUCCCGCAUUCGUCACGAUCUUCCACGUGUUAUAGUUGGCCCAGACCAUCCAGACAAGGGGAAGCUUUGAUAUUCAAUGUUCCCGAUUCGUGAUUAGUAGCGAACCCUGUACGUGCGAUAGUUCACAAUCAGACAAUCCCAUUGUGCAAGAUUUGUGAAUACAUUUAUUUAUCAUGA